GCCCUUGGCCGCGGCGAGCUUUCAAAGUAUUUCCGUGGCCCGUAUCUGAGAGGCGAAGUCUACAAAGGCUCGCUCUACUCGAGUUUCAGCCUGGACAACGAGCUGCUGACGUUCGACUACACAGCAUCGGAUGGUCUGGUGCACGUGUGGCAACACGCAGUAAUAUUGUGCGAUCCUGGGGACCAAGAAAGCCCAAGUCAACGGGACCUUUGUGUGCUUUACCACUACACGAACGAGCUGGCCUUCCGCAAUGUGGCCAACAUGGAGCAGACCACUGCCGAGCUUUUUGCAUCGCUGGUGGACUCCAGGGCCCACUUCGGGAAGGGCGUCUACUGUACUCAGCAUGUAUGGGGCUCCCGCACUCGCAUUUUGCUCAACAACUACAGCAAUUUGAGCCCCCUGCGCGACACAGGGGACACGGAGUCGCAGCGGGUCGAGAACGAAUGGGGCGCAGGCAACACCGGAGGCCAUCGCGCAGCCUUCUGUAUUCCGAUUGUGGUGUCCGCGGAGCUUGCGUACAACAUCUUUGAAAAGCAGGCGUGCCGAGGCAUGCAGUCAGUCCUUCUUGCCAUGUUGUUGAUUUCUGUUUGA